UGUUAGAAACGUGUUAUUAUUUUCUGGCAUACUUUGGCAUCAUUUUUAUAUCCGUAUGCACGCUAUCGUUUCUGAAAAAACUUCUCUGGGGAAUGAAGCUUUAUCUACUGCCAAAGUUUAUUAAACAAGACCUUAAAAUAUAUGGAGAAUGGGCUGUAAUCACUGGUGGAAGCUCGGGUAUAGGAAAACAUACAGCUAUUGAGUUAGCAAAAACUGGUUUGAAGCUGAUCCUUAUUAGUAACGAAUUAGAACAACUGCAGUCUACGACGGAAGAUAUCAAAGAAGAAUUUGGUGUCGAGUGUAGUUACGUAUUCGCCGAUUUAACAGGUGGGAAAGAAGUAUGCGACUAUAUAUGUAGCAAAAUUGAAGACAAAGACAUAGGGAUCUUUGUAAAUUGCGCCGGUGUUUGCGGCAAUAUGCCUUGCUACUUUCUAGACGAGACAGAAGAAAAUACGUUGAUGUUAAUAACUUUAAAUAUGAACAUUAUUGUUAAUACUACUUACAGAUUAAUAAACUUGUAUUCUAAGAAGAAAAAAGGAGUUAUUAUUAAUGUGUCAUCUUCGACUUCGGCAUUUCCAGUUUCUUACAUGGCCAUUUAUUCCUCUUGUAAAAGAUUCAUGCAUUUAUUUACCAAAGCGGUUAACAUCGAAUUAACAGAUACGGUUGUAUUAUUGCAAUCACUCACUCCGUGUUCUGUCAAUAGUAGAAAUGUAAGUAAUAAACCGUAUUUAAAACAGUUUGGAAUAAUUGCUUCUUGUGAAAAGUUUUGUGAAAGUUGGAUAAUGUCUAUUGGGAAAACUGACAGUUAUACAGGUUACUGGUUACACGAAAUUCAGCAUUAUUUUUCCGAAAUGUGUCCAGCCUUUUUAUACGAU